GCGAUCUGGCACCCGAGCAUGUACGGCUUCAACGUCACCGACAAGACCUUCCCCUACGACAACCGCCCCGUUGCGCCUCUCAUCAACAUGAACUUCUCUCAGUGGUGGUUCCACGGCCACCUCGACUUCCCUCCCCACCCCGGCGAUGUCUUUGCCCUCCCCGCGGGCAAGAACGUGACCACCGAGAUCGGGUGCAACAAGGGCGCCACCUCCUUCUUCGCCUCCUCCGAAGGCGGCGACAUCCGGAACGGCGACGACCCCUGCCCCGGGAGCCCGUCCUCCGAAUACCACACGACGGGCAUCGACGACGUCAAGGGGUGCGCCCUGGCCAUCGCGUACAAGGACGACGCGCGCGAUGUGCAGCCGGAGGACUUCACCGUGUUCAGCGUGAACCAGACGUGCGUCUGGACCCGCUUCACGGAUUUCUCGGUCCCGCAGCGCAUGCCACCGUGCCCCGCCGGCGGCUGCACCUGCGCCUGGUUCUGGAUACACUCGCCCGACAGCGGAGGUGAACAGAACUACAUGAAUGGCUUCCGCUGCAACAUCACCAACUCCGUAUCCGAUGUCCCCCUCGCGAAGCCCCAGGUCCCACGUCGGUGCGGCGCCGACCCAUCGUUCGCCAAAUCCCUCCCCGUUCCCGGGAACUGCACCUUUGGCGCCAAACAGCCUUUCUACUGGUUCCAGAAUGACACCAACAACAUGUUCGAGGGCACGUACGCCCCGCCGUUCUACACCGACCUCUACAACUUCCUCGACGGGCCCCAGGACGACAUCUUCGCAGACUCGUACGCCACGCUCCCGCCGCCGAACGCGAACCAGACCCGCCUCCCCGUCCUGCAGAACGUCGUCCCCGGCCAGCGCCUCCCCAUCCCGAACGCGUCGCUGCUGCCGUCACUCUCCCUCCCGCCGCUGCUCCCCACGGGCAGCGCCGUC